UUUGAAGUAAAUAAAGAAAUCUCUCGUUGCUUUCUCCUUCUGUUUCCAGUACCAAAUUCUGUUGCAGUGAUGGGUCUCUUGUUGUGUUUUUUCAACUUUUUUCUCUUGUCUGGUUUUGGAUUCCCCCUGGCAUUUCAAGAAACCACAUCGCCGGCUGCUAAUCACUUGGGUCAGAUCAAUUCCAACUCGGUCCUGGUGGCUUUGCUGGACUCGCAUUAUACGGAGCUUGCCGAAUUGGUGGAGAAAGCUUUGCUUUUACAGACCCUGGAAGAAUCUGUUGGGAAACACAAUAUCACCAUUUUUGCUCCUAAGAACGAAGCUCUGGAGCGGAAUCUCGACCCUGAAUUCAACCGCUUCUUACUGGAACCUGGCAACCUCAAGUCCCUCCAGACUCUCUUGCUUUACCACAUUGUGCCCGCCAGGAUUGAGCCGCACUCGUGGCCCAAUUCCACAUCCGACUCAGCCCUCCACCGUACCUUAUCCAAUCACCGAGUUCAGCUCUCCAGUGAAGAUUCAUCCGGGGCUAAAUUCAUUGGCACAGCCAGGGUAAUUAACCCCAAUGCCGUUAACCGUCCCGACGGUGUCAUCCACGGCAUCGAACAGUUAUUAAUUCCUCGAUCAGUACAACAAGAUUUCAACAACCGUAGAAGUCUUCGCUCAAUCUCCGCCAUCAAACCAGAAGGAGCUCCCGAAGUUGACCCCAAAACCCACCGUUUGAAGAAACCCACUCCGCCUGUCAAACCCGGCACGUCGCCCGUCCUUCCGAUUUACGACGCAAUGGCUCCAGGCCCAUCACUAGCUCCGGCUCCGGCUCCGGGACCAGGCGGACCUCACCACCAUUUCAACGGAAUGAGACAAGUUAAAGAUUUCAUCCAAACAUUGGUACAAUACGGAGGGUACAAUGAAAUGGCUGAUAUUUUAGUCAACUUAACGUCGUUAGCCACCGAAAUGGGGCGCUUGGUCUCCGAGGGCUACGUUUUGACAGUUCUAGCACCCAACGACGAAGCCAUGGCCAAGUUAACCACGGACCAGCUAAGCGAACCUGGCGCACCGGAACAAAUCAUUUACUACCACAUAAUUCCCGAAUACCAGACGGAGGAAAGCAUGUACAAUUCGGUGAGGAGGUUCGGAAAAGUGUCGUACGAUACACUGAGGCUGCCACACAAAGUAUUGGCUCAAGAAGCUGACGGGUCCGUCAAAUUCGGGCACGGAGAUGUAUCCGCAUAUUUGUUCGACCCGGAUAUUUACACUGACGGAAGGAUCUCGGUGCAGGGAAUCGACGAGGUUCUUUUCCCGCUGGAAGAGAAAACCAAGGAAGAAAAGAAGACCAUCAAAGUUGCCACAGCGAAACCCAGAAGAGGGAAGUUGCUUGAAGUUGCAUGCCGAAUGCUGGUGGCCAUCGGACAAGAUUCCCGGUUUACCACAUGCAAUAUAUGAAAACCACCAUCGUUUCCCUCAUGCCAUAAAAAACAAAACUUUAAACAAUUCAAAGGUGAACCAGCAUAGUUUAAAAGUGUGGUGAUUUGCUCUCUACCAUAGGAUUUUUCUCUCUUUUAAAGGUGGGAUGAUGCAGCUAAACAUGGGAAGAUGGAAAAUGGUGAGAAAAUUUAUUAUAAAAUUGUUUUCCAGUCCCACGUGCAUAAAUUCAAUGAUUCAGCCCGGUUGGCUUGGUUGCUGAUACCCUCUAAUGUACAAGAUUUUUUGUAUUUUUUUC